GCAAGACGAACAUUUCAUAUUCAAUAAUGGGCAGUUGAGCUUGAGUACAAAACUCGAACCUAGACUAACUUUGACGGCUGCGGCGCACCCAAAUUCCUCCGUCGCCAGUAGCUACAGCAAAUCGCUCUUUUCCGGAUCUCACAGUUCCGCGACGAAUGACGCUAGCCGAUUGAGUUUCAACAAUGACAAUAAGAAGAAAUUGCCGGCUUUGGUGGCCGACUUAUCUCUUUUCUCAAACCCCGCCGAAUCCAAGCUUCGUAUUUGGAUGGUUCCUCCACUCUUCCGAAGCUUCCAUCGAUGUCGUUGUGGCUUUCGCUUGCGAUCAGCACAAACUCGCUUCUUCACUUAAUUCCGGUUUGGAUCUCAUGGAAAUCCUUCGACAGACUGAUGAGAACAUGCCUACAGUUCUCCAAGAUAAAAGCGAAUUAUCUCUUCUCGGAUAUUUAGAAGCAGACUGUAGUGGCAAUAGCAAGAUGGGCAGUUGUCGAAAUGAUAGAAAUGAAGAUAUGAAACGAAACGGAAACCAAAGUUCAUGUUCACUUUUGAGUAGUCAAGAGAACUGGCGAUGUGGAUGCAUCAGGGAUAGGAUCUUAGGACAAGGUAGACUUGCUGGUCCAGAACACUUGUAUAUCAAACUUGUAUAUGUUCUUUCUGAAAGAAUGGACGGAAGAGUUCUUGCUAUCCCGAAAAUGGAUCAUCUACAUUUGAAUGGCGACAUUGACUCCCAUCUAGACCUCCACGUAAUAUUCUAUGAAAUACCAACUUUUGGUGGUCACCAUUAUUCUUUGGGUGCUCAGUUUUCAUCCAAUCCAGUAGAAACCCCUAGCAAGAAACCCAAGUGGUUUGAGGAUCUCCACCGGAGAGAUUCACACCUUGAUUUGGAUACUGUGAUCCAGGCAAUAAACAGUGCCAAUGCUGCCCAAAUUUUGUUUGAUGGACAUCAAUGUGCUGAGUCCAGGCAACUUCUCUUCAUUCUCCACAUGUUCUCUACCUUCGCGUGGCAGAUAUUUGCUGCAUCGGUUGCUUCCAUUUCGACUAUGAUUUACAUUGUUCUCCAGUCAUUUCGUAUUCUUUUUAGUUGGUUGUCCCACACCAGCAUAUAUGUUCUGUUCACUAAAGUAUUUAGCAAUUCAUCGAAAAAUGUUCACUUCCGCUGCUGUCAGCUCUUGUAUUGGCCUGUCUUCCUCCAGGAUCAAAACAUGAGGGAUUGGUCCUGUGUGGAGUUUGCAGAGAAAGCUGCAUCUCACAAGCACUCAAUAUGGUCAAGUAUUGUAUUUGAUUCUCUUCUUGGAACUGUACUUGGCAUUCCCCUGUGGUUUAAAGCAGAAUUGGCAUACAUAUGGGUUUCAGACUUUUCACUUGACUUCACAAAUGGUUGGUUGCGUACUGGGUGUGUAUGGCUGAUGGGAAAUCCUGCUGGUUUUAAGUUGAAUACUGAGCUAGCUGGGGUUCUAGGGAUGAUUUCUUUGAAUGCAAUUCAGAUUUGGUCUACCCUUUGGGCUUCAGUGGGUUUUCUGUUCAUUCAUUUCUUCAAAGGACUUGCUCUAUGUGGGAUUCUUUUUGGUUCAACUUGUGCGGCAGCUCUACUUGUUGACAUAAUCUCUCUACUAACAAUGCAUGUUCUGAUUCUUCAUUUAUUCCUUUCAAUUCUCUAUUCGACUCAAAUACAGGCAUUAUCAGCUUUGUGGCGCCUAUUCAGGGGUAAAAAGCUGAAUCCUUUGCGCCACAGAUUGGACAGCUAUGACUAUACUGUUGAGCAACAUGUAGUUGGUUCUCUUCUCUUCACUCCUAUAUUACUCCUCCUACCGACGACAUCGGCUUUCUAUAUUUUCUUCACCAUUUUGCACACAGCUGUGUGCUUCGUCUCCAUAGCUGUUGGGGCCAUCAUGUCUUUUAUCCGUUCCACUCCAUACGCUAAAGUUUUCCUUUGGUUGAAGAUGAGGAAAAGAUUUCCAUCUGGGAUAUUUUUGAAAGUUGCAUUAUGUCAACAUUCUGAGACGGAAGCUUUUGCUGGCAGUAAUUUGUCCACUGUGGAUCUGCAUAAAACAGCAUCUUCAAGCGGCAGUAGCUGUAAAUCUACGAUUUUGGUUACAUUUCUUGACAGCAAUUACUUGAAAUUAGGAGAGGUUGUCUGGCCACACUAUAAAAACCUUUAUUCGGCUUUCUCAAGGUCGGCUAUAUGCUCAUCUGCCUAUGGGCUUCUCACUGGGAGAAGCACGCUGCAUGCUCCUGCUGCUAGUCUCCCUAUGACGCUGCCAUGGAUAGUGAUCCCUUGGAAAGAAUAUUGGCAUCUAUGCCGUAAUUCAGUUUAUGCAUGCAGAAAACAUCCUUAUCGUAACCCUUUGACUCAUUGACAAAGGACUGACUAUACAUUCUAUCGCUCUAGUUUUCUCUUUGCCACCUUCAUCGAAUGCUGAGAUUUGCACAUACAAACUUUUAUUUCCUCAACCUACUGAUAUUGGGGAGGAUUUGUAUUUUUUUUAGGCGAUAGCAUAAUUCUACUUGUUGAACUUCAUUUUUGUAUAUAUAUAACUUUUAUUCUUAAUGCCUAAUGUACACGGAUCAUUGAUGUUCCCAACCAUA